AGCACGCGCUCCCCUCCUACCCCAAGAGUGCGGGUGUGGUCAGACGCUGACCCGCCGGCUGCCGCACGCUACGACAGAGGAAAGGACGCGCUGUGACGUUUUUGCCGCAGCGCAGGAGAGAGAGACGAGACAUCACCGCACGGACAGCCACGUCGUGCCUCCGUGCACGCACACGGUAUACGACAGCGCCAUCACUCCAUAAAAGGAUCCGGGGCAGCGCCACCGCCGGAUCCGACGGCCUCCGAGGCGGGGCCGAACCGCCGAAGUAGCCAAGACAACACGAGCAGCGAAACGCCAUCUAUUCCCGACUCUGCUGCACCUGCACCUCCGGGCCGCCGCCGAGAUGGGCGCGGAUGGCGGGCUGAACCGGGCGGCGGAGAAGCCCAGGGAUGGAGAGGGCGGGGAGGCGAGGGUGUUCCGGUGCACGGACUACUCGCUGCCGCGGACGACGCUGGCGCUGGCGCUCUGGCUGGGCGGUAUCCACUUCAACGUCCUUCUCGUCCUUGCGUCGCUCUUCCUCCUCUCCGGCCGCGCCGCUGCCAUAGUCGUGGCGUUCCAGCUCUUGUUCAUGUUCGCGCCCGUCAACGACAGGGACAAAUGGGGCCAGAGCGUCGCCAGGUUCAUAUGCAGACACGCAAUGGGCUACUUCCCUAUCACUCUGCAUGUGGAGGACUACAAGUCCUUGGAUCCCAGCAGGGCUUACGUGUUCGGUUAUGAGCCGCACUCAGUGCUGCCGAUAGGUCUGUCGGCUCUUGCUGAUCUUGUUGGCUUUCUGCCUCUCACUAAGAUCAAGGUCCUUGCGAGCAGUGCGAUUUGGACAUGGCUUGGCUUGGUACCUGCGACAAGGAAGAAUUUCUACUGCUACCUUGGAGCUGGUUAUAGUUGUAUCGUAGUCCCUGGUGGUGUACGGGAAAUGCUUCAUAUGAACAAUGAUUCAGAGGUUGCUUUUCUUAAAUCAAGAAAAGGUUUUGUCAAGAUAGCUAUACAGUCUGGAUGUCCUUUAGUCCCAGUUUUCUGCUUUGGGCAGAGCUAUGCAUACAAGUGGUGGAGGCCUGGUGGUAAAUUGUUUAUCAAGAUCGCUAGAGCAGUUAAAUUUACUCCUAUUAUCUUCUGGGGUAGAUUUGGCACACCAUUCCCCUUCCCAAAACCCAUGCAUGUGGUCGUGGGUAAACCUAUUGAAGUCAAUAAGAUUCCCCAUCCUACAAUUGACGAGAUUAAUGAAGUCCAUGAACAGUUCAUCAUUGCCAUGCGGGACCUCUUUGAGAAGUACAAGGCGAAAGCUGGAUAUCCUGGCCUUCAUCUAAGAGUCCUAUGACAUUCCACAACCAGACUCAAAGUUAGAAUUCAGCAAUAACAUGGCUCUAUUACUCUUCCCUCAACUGGGGUGUCAAACUGCACCUCGCAGGCACUCGGGCGGUAGUUGUUGCAUUAUGGUGAUGAUAAUAAGGCUCCAGCACCGAUGCCAAAACAUGCACGAGUUGGUCACGAGUCAGAGCCUUUUGUUGCUGGCUUAACUUUUUUCUUUAAUGUUGCAAAGAUAAGAUAAUGUAAUUACUGGUUAUGUGAUGUUGCAUAUGAUAUGAGAAUAUGAGGAUUGGUGAUAUAUAAGCUCCUGUACAUGCAGCUGUAUCAUCAGUGUCUGAAUCACCAGGAGGUUGCUGAUAUUGACUGCUGCCUGUGGACCUGCAGCUGUGUCAUUGUCUGAAGAACUUUCAGAUAUAUCAUAUCCCCAAGAAGCCCAUUUGGUUUA